AUGGCCAGAAGAGGCGGAGCUGCUGCAGAAACGCUUCCGGUUUCCUACGCCCCAGCCGAUUUCACUCCCAGCCGCAUUUUGCCCGCAAGCAAAGCCGUCGCCCUUUCCCUCAUCAAAGUCCCGAAGUUCGUUGCUGAGGCGUGGCGCUCUUCACCUGCGGACGCCACGGCGGGCGUUUUGACGGAGAAGAAUGGAAAGCAAACGCUGAUCGUGAGGGACCCCGAGACUGGGGGCCCCUGCUACUUGGACUCGAUUUGCUUAAGUGCAGAUCGUUCUGUAGUUUUGCAAAGAAAUGGAAAACACGUUUUGGACAUAAUUGCAGAAAUCAACAACAGAACAAACUUCCAGCCAAAGCUCGACAAGAGGUACCAGCAGGUGCUCCACGAGCGCCACAUCGCUGAAGACCAAAGCAAAAGCAGAGGCACCGUCACAGAGAUGCGCCGAGACCCAGGGCUUGACAGCCUGCACACGUUGUUUCAGUUUUAUACUCCCAAGAGCUCUUUGUCUACAGACGACACUAAACGGGGGGGGCUGGAGUCUGUUUCGAGAGCCAAGGCGAAACAGAAGCGCGGGGUGAUCUUGGAUUCCGACGCUUUGAAGGUAAAACUGUUUCGACUUUUCGAAGCAGCAGGAGCUGCUGGACUUCAGCUGAAGCAAAUUGCUGCUCACACGCAGCAGCCGCUGUCUUAUGUUAAGACGCUGGUUGAGGAAAUCGCAGAACAAAGAAAGCGCCUGAGCGACAGGAAGGCAGUUUAUUUUUUGAAGCAGCAGUACAGCGUGUACAGCAGUGAGCAAUUUUGA